UCGGCCGCCCCGUGAGACUCUCUCUCUCUCUCUCGAUCUCGAUCUCGAUCUCUCGGCCCUAACAAUCGGCCUCUCUUGCAAUUUGCGAAUUCCAGCGCCGUAGCCCACCCAGAGAAGUUCUAUAGCAUUAGUCAACGGUUGCUGAAUGCUACAAGAGCUUCCGGGACCUCCUUCCAGUAGAUGACAGCCCCCGUGACAUUUGUUCUUGCUUCAAAGUUUUGAUACUGAUCCUAAUAAUGAAGAGUGUGGAAACACCAUGGUUAUAAAGGCGUAUCCUGUAGGUAUGGUACGUGCAACAGAUGUCAAUGGAAUGGAUGAAGCAGAGUUUGGAUUUGAGCCACAUGUGGGGUUGGAGUUUGAUUCAGCAGAUGAUGCACGGGAGUUAUACAGCCUCUAUGCAAAGCGUAUGGGCUUUAAGAUUCGAACAGGUCAGCUGUACCGAUCAAGAACUGAUGGUUCAGUUGCUUCUAGAAGAUUUGUGUGCUCAAAGGAGGGUUUUCAGCUCAAUUCACGAUCAGGCUGCCCAGCAUUCAUAAGGGUGCAGAGACGUGAUACUGGGAAGUGGGUUAUCGACCACUUCCUGAAGGACCACAAUCAUGAUCUCGAGCAUACGGAUGAAAAAUGCCCUCCCUUUAUGCUGCCAAAGACACCUAUAGUUAAGAAUUUGAUGACCGAUGUAGCCCAUAAGCCAAAAGUCAAAUGGCUUGAGGAAGUAGAGGGUGGACAGCCAUGUACAUCUGGCGUUAUUAAACGCGUUAAGAGGGAAGGAGAUGGAGGGCGAUUCCAAGAUGAUGGAGGGCGAUUCCAAGAUGAACCUCGUGUGGGUUUAGAGUUCAAUUCAGCUAAUGAUGCACAUGAGUUUUAUCAUGCAUAUGCGGCCAAUAAAGGAUUUAGAAUUCGGAUUGGUCAAUUGUUUCGUUCAAAGCUUGAUGGGUCAAUUACAUCCAGGCGAUUUGUGUGCUCAAAGGAAGGUUAUCAACAUCCUUCAAGAGUAGGUUGUGGAGCAUAUAUGCGUAUUAAGAGACAAGAUUCUGGAAGGUGGGUAGUGGACCGUCUUAAAAAAGAUCACAAUCACGAACUUGGGGCUCAAAUGGAAACUCAUAAGAAAAGCUCUAAUGCUUCCAAUAAGUUCAUAGCAGAGGCAAGUGAUGGGCUGGAAAAUAAAAAUUUAGUUACCAUGUGUAACGGAAACUUUGUCAAAAGAUGUCGAGAAAACUGCAUCGGAAGUGAUUGGUACAGUAUGCUUUUUGAGUAUUUUCAAAGCAGACAAGCAGAGGAUACAGGAUUCUUUUAUGCAGUCGAAGUUAAUGAUGGUAAUUGCAUGAGCAUUUUUUGGGCUGAUGGCCGGUCUAGGUAUUCAUGCAGUCAGUUUGGUGAUACGAUUGUUCUAGAUACUUCAUACAAGAAUAGUAUGUAUUUGGUUCCUUUUGCAACUUUUGUGGGAGUUAACCACCACAGGCAACCAGUGCUUCUUGCUUGUGCUCUGAUUGCUGAUGAAUCUAAGGAGUCUUACUCGUGGUUAUUUAAAACUUGGCUCAGGGCAAUGUCAGGGCGAUGUCCACUGUCAAUAAUAGCUGAUCAAGACACAGCCAUCCAACAAGCAAUACUGGAAGUCUUUCCUGGAACCCAUCAUCGUUUUUCGUCGUGGCAAUUUAAGGCAAAAGAAAGGGAAUUUCUCAGUUUAAUGGAUAAUGGUUUUAAAUGUGAAUACGAAAAUUGUGUUCUCCAAAGUCAGACAGCUAAUGAAUUUGAUAUAGCAUGGAAUACCCUUCUCAACAGAUAUGACUUGAAGGAGAAUGUUUGGCUGACAGAAAUGUACAAAAUGCGUGCAAGUUGGGUGCCACUGUUCUUACGGGGCACCUUUUUUGCUGGCAUUCCCAUAAAUGAAAGCAUUGACUCGUUCUUUGGCACACUCUUGAAUGCCCAGACACCGGUCUCAGAGUUUGUUUCAAGAUAUGAGAGAGGCCUUGAGCGUCGUCGCGAGGAUGAAAGAAAAGAGGACUUCAACUCUUUUAACUUGCAGGCUUUUUUGCAGACAAAGGAACCAGUAGAAGAACAAUGUAGAAGGUUGUACACGCUUACUGUGUUCAAGAUAUUUCAAAAGGAGCUUCUGCAAAGCUACAGUUACCUUGGACUUAAAAUUUAUGAAGAAGGGGCGGCCAGUAGAUAUUUGGUGCGCAAGUGUGGGAAUGAGUAUGAGAAAAAUAUAGUUGCAUUUUGUGCAUCCAAUCUCAACGUGGGUUGUAGCUGUCAAAUGUUUGAAUUCGAAGGGGUGCUGUGCAGACAUGUCUUGAGAGUUCUCCAAAUAUUAGAUGUAAGAGAAAUCCCGCCUCACUUCAUUUUACAUCGGUGGACAAGAAAUGCCGAGUAUGGUAUCAUUCGUGAUGUUGAAUCCGGGGGUACUUCUCAAGAAUUUAGAAAUUUGAUGCUGUGGAGUUUGAGAGAAACAGCAUGUAAAUACAUAGAGGCUGGUGCAGCAUCUAUUGAAAAGUACAAACUUGCAUAUGAGAUUAUGCGGGAGGGCGGAAGAAAGCUUUGUUGGCAAAGGUAAACUGCUGAAAAACUGGUUGCACAUCACUCCAACACUAAAUUUUGUAUUAAUGAACGGGUGUGUGGAACCUUGGGUCAUGUAACAUAGACUGUGGACCUACCACGGAAAAGAAUACUUCCCCCCGUUCAAUUCAAAGCUGUGUGAAUUCUAUACUUA